CUCAAGAAAAUGGCUCGCAGCAACCUCCGUGUCGGCUUGAACAAGGGCCACCCCACGACUCCCCUCGAGAAGAGGGCCAAGCCCUCCCACCGCAAGGGCAUUCAGUCUGUGAGGACGAAGCUCGUCCGCUCUGUUGUCCGGGAAGUCGCCGGAUUUGCGGCGUAUGAGCGUCGGGUUAUGGAACUAUUGAGGAACUCUAAAGAUAAAAAGGCUAGGAAGCUGGCCAAGAAACGGUUGGGCACCCUUCUGCGCUCAAAGCGCAAGCUCGAAGAGCUCGGCACCAUUAUUACGGAGAGUCGCAGGACCGGACACUAAACAAAGCAUCCUCUCUGCUCCUCUCGGUGUGGACGGUUGGGUCCUUCGGCUUCAUGGCUGCGCUCUCAUUGUAUCUAUGCGUUCUCUCCAUAUCCAAAUUUGGUGCCAUCUAUCACCGCACAACCGAACGCGGGGCUCCAGUGUAUUGCGAGUAUUAUUGGGAGAUGUAUAGGGAUUCCAUCGAUGGCACGCGGUGGAGGUGUCAACAUUAGCACAGGGCUCUGCGGGACGAGGUAGCGGAUAUGUCUAUCAGGAAUGACUCGCCCGGCGCAUGGCUGUAGCAACGUCGCUACCGUUUCUGACUCUGAAUGAUAGAUGGCUCC